AUGGCACAUCCAUUGAGUAGAACACCUAGCAAUUUUUUUGAGUCGGAAAUAGAGCAUCUGCUCAGCGAAGAAGAUGAUCGUGACUCUAAGCGAACUUCACAAGAGGCUGCAAGCCCUCAUUACGAGUCUUCUUCCAAGAUGAUUGAAUCAUUGUAUGAAAAGAUUGACAAUCUGACAAACACGAAUUUGAAAUUGACAGUGCAGUCUCGAGAAUUAUUGGAUAGGUUAGAGGCUCUGAAUAAUAAAGAGGUUAAGUCAAGGGAAUAUAUUUCCGCCUACAGUAGUGAAUCUGAAAAUUUGAAUAUUAUGUUACAAAGAAAAGUGAGGAAGAUUAAAGAUUUAGAUAAUAAAAUCAAUGAAUUGAAAUCUACAUAUGAAAAAGCCAAAAUUGAAAACGAUACUCUGAUGGAAACUUAUAAUCAUUCCCAUGGCAACGAAAAAACUAUAAAAGACAAUAUAAAUAAAUUCAAAACGCAAUAUGAUUACGAAUUGAAUAAUUUUAAGUUACAGAAAGAUGAAUUCUUGAAUAAAAUCGACCUUUUGAACGAUUUGAUAGAUAAGGCGAAGGUAAAUACUUCAACAAAAUUACACAACAAUGGCAUAUUACGACCUACGACAGAACAAUCGCAUUAUUCAACUUUGAAAGAUAUUCCUAAUAAGACUAAUAUCAUAGAUGAAAAGAUUCAAUCGGCCAUAGAUCUGCUUGACUUCAACUCAUGGGUAGAACUAUACAACUUAAGUGAACGAAUCCUGCUGCAAUAUACAGAAAAUAAUAUGAAUGAAAAUGAUGACAUGGUUCUUCCGAAGCAGUUACAAAUCUUAUUCAAUGAAAUGCAAAUUGAGACGCCGGAUCUACAACCAUCCAAAACCAGAAGAAAGCCCACAUCGAGUAUCAGUGCAAGACUAAACAUGUUGAAAACUCCUAAUGGUGCAAGUAACAUCAAGAACUAUUACAGCGCUACCCAGAAUUCAUUGCCUGGUGUCAAAUUCAACGUAUCCGAGAGUGUACCUGGUACAAAGAGGGUCUCAUCGUCGUCUUCCUCGCCAUCGUCUACCGACAAUCCUACAUCUUCUAGACGUACCAUCCAUAGAGUUCAGCAGAGAAAGAGAAAUAGUGUUAUUCAUUAUUAG